CACGGAGGAGGAAAGUAUCACGCAGGACCACUGGCCUCAUAACACCUGGGCGCUGGGUAAGUUUGCAAAAAUGCAGCGCUUUUAGGCGCAUCGUCAUGUUCUGAGAUCCCUUCAUGAACAUGGACUUUGGCGGCGGCGUCCAUUGCAAGUUCCUUUACUGCCUACGUUGCCUACGAGUGAUUCCUGAAAUUUUUGCUAAAAUUUGGAUAGAUUAACUCUUGUUCCCGCGGCUGCUUCUUACAAUUGAGUGAAGUUUGACCUUUGACAUCCUGCUGCUUCAGUUAGUUUUGAGAUUUCACUCAAUAUUGGCAUACAUUUGUUUGCUUUUCUUACUCUUGAAAGAGUAAAUUUACCAAAAACAGAGAAAAGAACAGAAGGGAGAGGAAAGCCUUUAUUAUCUGUAGAUUGAAUCUGAAAUAGUACUGUAAAAUCAUGUUUUUUAUAUAUAUAUAUAUACUAGAGCUCUUAUUUUGAAGAUAAAGAUUGACAGAGGUUGGACUGUUUUAAGGGAUAAUGUUCAUAAAGCUACUUUCUGCGUAUAUGUUGUCACAUUUGUGCCUUUUCAUGUAUACGUGUGUGUGUGCUCGUUCUCGUGCUUAUCAGCAGAGAUAGCUCUAAAAGCAAGUAGCAUAAUAAAUGUCAUAGCUUUCAGAGUGGCUUCUAAUGUACCUUAACUCCCUGUGGUAUACUAGCAUACCAAUGUAUAACACACACGCAUUAUGACAGCGGCCGUGUAACUAACUCCAUUUCUGUCUGUCAUCAUGAGGCUAAUUCACCACAAUGCCGACCAUGUGUGAACUCAUGCAAUAUGGACCCCUCCUUCUUCUUCUUUUCCUUCUCUUCACCGCCCCCCAUUCCUUCUCACCCCCUCAGAAAGGAGGAGUCAAAGAAGAGAGAGAGGUGCCAAAGGUGAUAGGAAGGAAACAGGGCCUUGACUUUCUCUUCAUGGUGGUUCGGACUCUCAUAGUAUGUAUGAGAAGUUAACCAUGCUGAACCUGCAGAGCGGCUCAAACUGGAGCGGGCCUAACAACUGGUACCAUGACCCCACUGGUGUUCAGACACAACAUAGCACAGGUGAGGAGGAUGGAGGGGGAGUCAGUUCUCACAGAUCUUUAGCUUGUUUCUUUAUUUUUUGGUAAACUUUUUGUUUGUUGGUAUAGAGCACUCAUCUGAUUCCUGCUAUUCCUCAUUUUGUCACCUUCCCCUCCUGCCAGUGUCUGACGGCUGUCUGCUGGACGCAGAGGGCAGCAUGGGGGGAGAGGUGGGUGGGGGAGGAGGUGGAGUGGGCCGAGGAGGAGGAGGAGGCGGUGGAGGAGUCCCCGUGGACAGGGACGAUGGCGAGGAGUCGCAACUGAGGCUGCAGCUGAAGAGGAAGCUGCAGAGGAACAGGACCAGCUUCACGCAGGAGCAGAUCGAGGCUCUGGAGAAAGGUCAGGCCACUGGAUGCACGCACAUCGAGUACUUUCUCUCUCUUUAGCCAAUCACUGUCCUCCAUGAGUGUGUCAUGACGCAGCUUUAUCCUGCUGCUUUUUCCCCCUGCCAACACCUUUGUUUUAUCGUCUUUACACCUUUAGUAGAGCUUUGGUUAAAGAGAAUGAGACAUAAAUAGAAGAAAUCACAAGAUUUAAGGAAAAAUCAGGCCCUUUGGUGGUAUUUUCAUCUUGACAAAUGAUGCGCUAAACACUAGAAAAUAUUAUAAUAUUUUGACGAUCCUUUCCACUAUCACUUUUACAUGCAAAUCAUCCAUAAUCUGAACGCCACAAAUAUUCUCAGUGAGCUCCAAAACGCCUCCAGCAGCGCACACAGCAGCGCUCUAGAUAAUGCAUCAUUACUGAAGCUGUGUUGUGCAGUGAGAUCUGGCCCUCGUAGCUUCAUGUCUGCUGAGAGGGAUCACAGAGGCACCCUUGACUGGAUAUGGCUGCGGCAGGGCCCCUUGAGCUAAAUCAGGACGCAAUGUCCACUGUGCAGCCGAGUGGAAGUGUAUCACUGUGGUCACUCUGUGCAAAUGACAUUAAUGAGGUACGCUGACCUCAGUGCACGGCUGAGGCACAAUAACAAUCAUGUGUUGACACAGACGCCAAUUAUAACCCAGCCAAUUAUAGCAAUUUGUUAGGCAGACUUAAUUCAUACAGCCAUCAUUAACAUGUGCAACAUUUAUUAAUUAACACUGAGAUUUUACUGUGAAAUUUUCACUCAAUUAAAAUCUGUUUGGGUUAAACACUGUUCAAUCUGUGUACACUGACAAACAUGAUCCAGAUCCUAAUAUGACAUUUCGGUUCAGGCUAAAUUUGAUAUUAAAUGUGAAGUUUUCUUUUCAUCAACAUGCUAAAACUGAUGUCAGGCAACCUGCGUGUAGACAGUUCAAUUUCUAAAGAUGUCUUCAUUAACAGACCUCAAACUUCAGAGUUCAUUAGGGUGACUCAGACUGUCGACAUAUUUUCAUUUCAACUUGUCAACAACAGAAAUGUCAGCAGUUUGUCAACUUUAGAUGAAGUGACACGGCGAGGAAUGAUACUUUGAUACGGAAACUCUCAUGGAUGCAAACGCGCUGAUGAGUCAUAAACUGAACUUUUCUGUGUGUAACAAUUGGAGUAAAAUAACAGUACUGGUGGCUUUGAAAAAAUCGUAUUGAUGGAUGAAGUGAUGGAAAAUGAAACCUAAAGCAGUGGUUUCUUUCAGUUUGGUUUGAGUCAUCCUGAGUGCUCAGGCAGCUCCUCAACUUGAAUCCUUUCAUUUGAACUUUCUGCGUGUUCCAUAAUGAUAAAUAAUUGAUACAAAGUGCAACAGAUAAAUAUUUUAAAAUAUGGUUGUAAGGAUACAUCCCAGCUUCCUGAAUUUGUAUAUUACAUGGCAGGAUAAUUAGACAUGCUCAUCUGAAGCAGUGAUUAUCAAAUAUGCAGAUUAGUUAUAUUGGUCGUAAUGUUAAAUUUCAUUUUUAUCUGCAGAUUAAAUUUUACUUAAAUAUGAAAAGACAGAGUAUGUUAAUCCCUGCAGCGAGGAUGGGUUCGGUUGCCCUGUUUUGCUGGAUCUAAGCUUUCACUGGUUCUGACAUUAUUUAAUAUCUUCCACAGAGUUUGAAAGGACACAUUACCCAGAUGUCUUUGCACGAGAGAGAUUGGCAAAUAAAAUUGAUUUACCCGAAGCCAGAAUACAGGUAAAGAUCCUUUUGGAGUCUUUGUAACCCUCCUAGACCACCUUUAGCGGUCUUUUGUAGCGUAGUGUUUUAUACACAUGGUGAAGAGAAGGUUUUUUGAUUGAUAGGUGUGGUUCUCAAACCGAAGAGCCAAGUGGAGGAGGGAGGAGAAGCUGCGCAAUCAAAGGAGGUCAGGGGGAGUGACUUCCUGUUCGCAGAGCCAAGCACCUCUGACCACUUCCUUCAACACAUCCGUCUAUCAUCAGCAGCAUGCCAGCAGUUCAGGUAACUAUAAUUCGAUUAUCUUACAUACUUAGUUAAAUUAAUAUUCAUGCAUAGUUUGGAAAAACAUCCAGUUAAUAAUUUUGACAGUUCUUGGCAGACUUUGACUUUUAGAGCGUAUCCAUAUGACAACAUGUCCACUGCAGGAUGUUCUCAUCACACAUGUAAAUCUGUGUGUGCUUCGUGUAUGUGUGUGUGUGUGUGUGUGUGUGUGUCUUCCUCUCCAGGGUCCAUGUUGAGUCAGGCUGAGUCGACCCUGCCCAGCUACAGCUCUCUGUCAGUGUUCUCGUCCGGAGUCCAGGUUGGACAUUCAUCAUUCAUCAUUCAUCAUCAGCACCUCCCAAACAUAGCCGAGCAGGUCAUCAUCAUGCAGCAGGGGCAGUUUAUUCACUCUUGAAUGUCAGGGGUGUGAAAUAUACAAAACUGAAAAUCAAUACAUAAAGAAACAAACAAAAAAAAAAAAAACAGAUUUACGAAAACAAGUAAAUUUAUGAGUCCACCAGAACUUUAUAUUUGUGUGGUCCACAUUACAGUGCAACAAAAUACCAUCAGUGAUUAAAUCAAAGCUCAUAUGUUGAACACAAAGCUGAAAAAGAGGGAGCGUAUGGAUAAAUGUGAACAAUAUGGUGACUGAAUGUUUCUGUAGUCGCCAUAAAGAGGCAAAAAAAGUGCCAACAUGUCAAAAACAAUCUAACAAUCUCUCAGAUCUUGACUCUGAUUAUGUAUAAUUAUGUUAUUGGCAGCCACAGCAGUCUAAGUGAUGACUGCCAAUUUGAAGGCUUUAUUUGCAUUGCUAUGGGCAGAGCACCCAGUGAAGAGAAGAGGCAGCUUUAUUUGAAUGUCAAAGAUAACAGCACUGUUUUUUUUUUUUUUUAAUCAGUCAAAGUUUAUCAAGUUGAAUAAUAUGUGAUAAAUCGCCAAAAUUAGGGGUCUAAGGGUCUUAGUAGGCCGCACUAUAGUUUGGGUUUCAACGGUAAUGAAAUUCUUUUUAAACCACAUAGUUUUCAAAUUUCUUCCUAACUUGGAAACAUUUCUGUCUGAAGUUGCAUAGUUACAUCUUUUUUUUUUAGAAAAGCUCAGGACUCUUGUGAUUAACACUGACCAUACCAGCCUCAACAAUAGCUUGAAAAAUACAGUUUAUGUUUCUGUUUUACACUUUUCUGGCAAUGGAUUUUGAUGCCAGAAACACAAAAAGAAAUUUAUGUUACAAACUGAAAAGUAAGCACAAUAUACCUCAAUUAAAUCUGCAUUAGUCAUGUUGAGCAGAAUUUCACAUUAAACUGCAUUCAAGAGAUCCUCUCCUCCUGAUUUUAGUACAGAUUAUUGUUAUAUGGGUUGGCAGUCUCUGACUAAUUCACACGUCAGUGGUAAUUAAAAAAAUAAUUUAACUUGGCAUAGUAUCAAUCAAAAAAAACAAAAAUCACACAGUAGUUCAAACAAAAGGGUUAAAAUAUGUCUGUGAUCUUCGAUAUCCAACAUGAAGAAUUUGGUCUGCUCCUGUUUUACUGCAAUCAUGUAAUACUACUCUAGCACCCCCCUGUGGUUAAAUUUAAAUCAUAUUGCAACUGUUAUGAACAGCCCUCACGCGAUAUGGUGUGUAACACUGCAAACACCAUACACUACUUAAAAAGGUUUCAGUUAACAAUAAGAUUUUCUUUAUUUUGAGUUUUAAUAUUAAUCUAACCUGAUUCUUUCUUCUCUUUUCACUCUCAGUCCAUCCCUCCUCAGUCGGCCUCCUCCUACUCCUGCAUGUUACCUCCCUCUCCCUCUGCCCCACGCAGCUUUGACUCCUCGGCAUAUUCCUCCCCUCAUCUGCAGACACCAUCCUCAGCCAACUCCAACACCGGUGAGUGUUAUCAACAUGCACAGAGACACCUUCCUUUCUCAUGUUUGUCUGUUAUCUCUGUGUGCUCACUGACAUUCAUACAUUCAUACCAAAUCAACCUCUUUUUUUUUUUUGCUUUACACUGACUCAGAGUUUUUAUUUUUCACCCUCCGCUCAGGGCUCAUAUCACCUGGUGUUUCAGUGCCGGUUCAGGUUCCAGGAACUGAGCAGCAGAGCAUGAGUCAUAACCUGGGUCAGUACUGGGCCAGACUACAGUGAACAACAGACAAUCUAAAGAAGACGAAGAAGGAUGAGGAGGAGGAAUAAAAAGCAGGCAUGUAAGAAUAAGGUGUCAAGAAAACAGUAUGGGGACACACAGGUAUUUAAGGAGGCACAGGACUGAGUUAAAAAGGGGCCUCAAGGAGUUGGAGACCCCAAAAUGCAUUAAAUGUUUACAAAAUCAGCCAAGAGCAGCUUUGGUUGCACUGGACUGCACUCUGCUGGUAUUUGCUUAGUACUUCCAGUUUUUUGUGUGUACAGUUUUAGUUGUCUAUUAAAGAUAAAAUCAGGGUCAGGAUGAAGAUCAAGCUAGAGAUUGGUUCAAGUUCUUCUAUGUGUGGAGAGAUGCAACCAAGAAACUAACAGUUAAAGGAAGAAUGCACAAAAUUUGGAAUUUGGAGCUUCAAUUAUUUUAUUGCAAGCAUAUUUUUACAUUUUUUCAAAGAGUUCACACUUUAAACCCGUUUUGAAAAAACAAAAUGCAGCAAGUAGAAACACGUUUGCUCCUGUGUGAUAAGUAAUUGCCAGUAAAAGGAGUCUUAUAUUUUAGUUUCCCCAUAGAUUUAUUAGUGCUAAGUAAACACCAGCAAAAGUUUGUAUUGUAAAGUGUAACCACAGUUGGUUUCUUGUUACUUGAGCAGCUCAAUGAUGUUGUGAUAUGAAGCUUGAUCCCGAG